GAGCGUCGCGUGGCAGACUCCGGGUCCCUCGUCCACCGCAAAGUCCCGGUGGGAAUGGACGUUCGCGCGACCCACCAUCUCACACACACAGGUUGUGGUGGCGUACCAGAGGGUCGCGCUCGCGGCCGACCGUGCGGCGCAGCAGCAGCUAAGCUCGUGGCGAUGCAGGCGCGCCCUUUCCCCGCGUGCCUGCCGGGCCUGGCGGGCGGCCGGUGCAGGCGCAGCGGCCUCCUCCCCUCGACAGGACGCGUCAGCAGGCGGGCUCCCGCCGGCCGAGGGGUUGCCACCAGCGUUCGCGCCGUCGACGGGGCUUCCGCUGCGGCCGCUGUCGCCGCGGCUGCCGAUGCCCCGCUCCCGCCGCCGCAGGUCACCUGGCAGAUCGUCGUCGGCGCCGUAGCUGGAGUGACGCCUUUCGUGGUUGCAGGGAUCGAGUUCAGCAAAAGAAUCAAAUGUGAGGUCUGUGGAGGCUCUGGCCUGGUAAUGAAGAACGACUAUUAUGUUCGGUGCCAGGGGUGUGGUGGUUUUCUUCCAUGGCAGUCCUGGAGAAGAUUCUUCACGGGCUGAACGUGGUCGUCUAGCCCCCCUGAUCAUCAGUACUUUUUUCUAGCGCUGUUGCUAAAGAUGGAUAUGGGGAUAUAGGGAAAUUUGCUUGCGAGAUACAAGCUGAGCUACUUUGUGUUUGAAGUGUCUUGUAAGCUGUAACCAAACCAAGAAGCAAUAUAGGCAUGUAGAAUUGCUCGUGUAUGCCCAAAUCGGUGCCAUUGGGACAUCUCACGCGUCCGAGUGGUGCUCAUUUUUUGCGUUCCGUGCACGGUCAAAGUUCCGCCGUGUGUAUGUGACUCUGCACUGCCCUUCCUAUCACGAUUGAGGUGCCAAGAAUGGAAAUAUUUCGAUGCC